UAAAACUAAAAAAAGCGGAUAAUACUCGAUGAUUCAAGUGGGAACGCUAAGUCCAGACUGCACAAGUAGUUUGUAGCAUCUGGGUAACGGUGUGGAUAUUAAUUAUUUGGCGAAUAAAUGUGAGCAGAAAACGAUGGAGGAGGUAACGCCCAUUUUAAGGUAUUCAAAUGGGACAAGAUGAACUGGGCUGCAGAGAGCUUGGAUUCUGUCACUAUAUGAUCAUCUAGUGUGAAGACUUGGACUUGUUCACCACUGCCCGUCAGUACAGCUUGAUUUUUGUUGCCACCACUUUUGCUUCUUUAGGACAAAAUGAAUACAAGAGGUGAGCGACUGCAGCUGAGCUUUGUCCCGUUUCUCCUAUCUGGGGUUUUCCUCUGUACCCUCUGCCAGCUGACCAUCAGCGCCAGACAGAUAGGAGAGAAUUUUGGAGACGAUAUAACGGAGGGGGUUGAGAAGGCUACAGUAAAACCUGGAGGUCUGGAGGAGCGUCUGACUGCAACAGUUGAAUUAGAGCCUACAGGUCAAACACUAGAGAUGCAUGUGGUACAUCAGACAGACACAACUUCAGGUUUCAAAGCAUCCGCCACCACUGACUCUUCACCAGAGACACCCACAGCAACUCCAGCUGCCCCUGGUGAAGCUCCACAUGUAAAGGGUGAAUACCCUGCAGAUUUGUUUACUCUUGAAGAGCGCAGAAGAGGCUGGGUGAUGCUCCACAUUAUUGGGAUGGUGUACAUGUUUGUGUCACUUGCGAUUGUUUGCGAUAAGUUCUUUGUUCCUGCGCUAUGGGUAAUCACAGAAAAGUUAGCCAUCUCUAAUGAUGUAGCAGGAGCCACUGUCAUGGCUGCUGGAAGGUGCACCCCUAAGUUUUUUAGUGCCCUAGUAGGGGCCUUCAUCAGCCACAGCAAUGUGGGUAUCGGCACGAUUGUUGGUCCAGCAGUUUACAACCUUUUGUUUGUGAUUGGAAUAUGCGCCUUGUUUUCUCGGGAGGUUCUUCAUCUAACCUGGUGGCCACUUUUCAGAGAUGUGUCAUUCUACAUACUUCACCUCAUCUUACUAAUUAUCUUCUUCUUGGAUAAUGUGAUAAUGUGGUGGGAGAGCAUGAUGCUGGUGGGCGGUUACACUCUCUAUGUUGUUUUCAUGAAGUUCAAUGCACAAAUAGAGCAAACAUGCAAGACCCAGCUCCACAAACACAAGAGCACUGUGAAAACGGUUGAUGUGGAGGAACCCGAAAAGGAUGUGUCUGCAGGAGGGGGUGGAUCAGGAGAAUCCGACAAUGAUGAAGAUAACAGCAAUAAAAGCAGUGAUGACUCUGGUAAAAAUGAAGAUGCUGAGAAUGAAGUGAAUCAAGGAGAAGAAGAAAACAAAGAUAAGCCUUUGUCUUUAGAGUGGCCUGAUACUCGAUGUAAGCAAGCCAUCUACCUCUUCCUGUUGCCCAUAGUCUUCCCUCUGUGGCUGACAGUUCCUGAUGUUCGCAACCAGAAAUCAAGAAAAUUCUUUUUGAUAACCUUCCUGGCUUCUGUCUUGUGGAUUAAUGUCUUCUUCUACUUCAUGGUGUGGUGGGCCCAUCAGGUGGGUGAGACGAUCGGCAUCUCAGAGGAGAUUAUGGGCCUGACUAUUCUAGCUGCAGGGACAUCCAUCCCCGACAUCGUUACCAGCGUGAUUGUGGCUCGUAAAGGCCACGGAGACAUGGCUGUAUCCAGCUCUGUGGGCAGCAACAUCUUUGACAUCACUGUGGGUCGACCAGUCCCGUGGCUCUUGUACUCAUUCGUACACGGUGUUGCUCCAGUGGCCGUCAGCAGCAACGGGCUCUUCUGUGCCAUUGUGCUGCUCUUCCUCGUGCUUCUCUUUUUCAUCAUCUCCAUUGCAUCAUGUAAGUGGAAGAUGAAUAAAGUGCUGGGUUUCACCAUGUUGCUGUUCUACUUAAUCUUCGUGGUCAUUAGUAUUGUGCUACAGAAUGGCAUCAUUCGCUGCCCUGUGAGCGUUGGACAAAGUGCUUAAAAUUUUUUCUCUGGUGUAUGUUUCUGCAUAUGUUGCCGAAGCUCCUUUUGACUUUUGAUAAGUUCAAUUACAUGCAUUAAAUUUUUGCCAAUUAAUUCUUCAUUUCGUGUCUGUGGACCAAAAUGCAACUAACAUAUGUCAUCAUAUCUGCUUAGACUACCAUAUAAAUAUCUACUUGUGUAUUAUAUCUGCAACUACAUGCAGACCAGCACUGCCACAAUCACAAUAACCUAAUAGCAAUGAUAGAUGAUACCCAAGUGCCUGAUGUCCAAUUUGAGCACAGUGUGCACUGAGGCUGCAGAAGAUUUUAUUGCAUGAGUAAACACAAGACUCUCUGUUUUCUCCAUAAACAAGUUGUAAUAUUGCCUUCUCCCAAGAUGUAUGAUGUGAACUUGAAUGAAAUGUAAUGUACUAACAGUUUAAACAAAUCAUAGUUGCUUAUGUUUACCCAUCUCCCUUUUCUUUCUGUGAGAAGAAAAUAUUUUCUUUUUUAAAAAAAACAUCUUGUUACUCUAAAGGUAAGAAGACAUGCCCUAAGAUUUUCUGUAAUAUUUAGCAAAUUUAUAUUUUUUGACAUAAAAAACAUUGUCUGGCUCAUG